CCGACAUUGUGCUGAACAACCUAAUACCUCCUCUCGUUAUUUUCUCAUUCAUCUGCUCUCCCUCUUGAUUUCACAAUUUUCUAAAAAAAAAGUAGUACUUCAACACUAAUGAAGCUACGCGAUUUACCACCGGAAAUCCUAAGCUUGACGCUCCAAACCUUGCAACAACCCGACUUAUAUCAGUGCAUCUUUGUCAAUCGACGUUUCAAUGCCGCGGCAAUACAACAUCUUUGGCGAGCGCCUACCAUUCGCAACCACGCACGCUUCAAACAGUUUGUGAAAUGCUUACGGUCGAGUAAAAAGCCAGUUGGUAGUUGGGUCCGACAAUUUCGCAUUGACUGGCAGCAACAGCAAGAUCAGUCUCUGUUUGACGACGACGAUUGCUUACUAUUGUUACCACACGUGCCUCAACUCGAAGAUUUUGCCGUCCAAAAUUCGGACCGUUUGACGGACAAGAGCAUUAGUUCUAUUGCCAACUAUUGCAGCCAGCUCGAAAUCUUGUACUUGAAACGAGCCGACAUUACGUAUCGGUCUGCACAUCACCUUGGUAUGAGGUGCAAAAAAUUACGGAAAUUAACGUUUGACCACUGUCGCAAGCUGCAGUCCAUGGCAUUGCUACCGUUUGCCGAUUGUCCGCUUGAGUAUCUGGAUUUGUCUGGAUGCAAGUGGAUCAAUGUCGAGGAUACGGCCUAUGAUAUGCGUGCAUUCAAACGGCUCCGCCAUUUGGAUAUUGUGUGCAGUGACAAAACAGCCAUGAUGAACGACUUUUUGCUGGCAUUGGCAAGGGACGAGCAGUCGGUUGUAGUGAUGCCUGAUCUUAUGUCAUUUUCGGUAACAGGAUGUAAUGAAAUUGGGGAUAAUGCGGCUAUACGGUUUAUUGAAGCGCAUCCGCAGUUGGAGUAUCUGACAUUGAUGGCAUGUGGUAUCACGGAUCUGACCUUGGACGCGAUUCAGCGGCAUUUACCUCGGCUGCUCUAUCUCGAUAUUUCGUUUUGUCAAUCGGUCACCAUGGGUGGUGUGCGGCGACUCAUCCGGGGAAGCAGGCUACAAAUGAUCGGGCUAAAAGCCUGUGGUUUGCGCAAGUUUCAAUUUCCAGAAGUGCCGAGAGGCAGCGAUCUAUUGAGACAAACACAAGUGGAUAUCUUCAAUGAGGCAGAGAUCAACCUUAUACGAACAUACCCCGACGAUCUGCCUCAGCCUCUCUUUGACGAUAUGCCCGCAGACGAAGUAGUGGCACAGUUUGAAGAAGAACAAGAGCAGCAGGGACACCAUCGGAUGCAAAUUGAUCCGCCUGCUGCUGAAGUCUCUGAUGAGGAAGAGGUGGCGGCUGUAUAUGUUUUAAUCCAUCAAUCUCUUGAAGCCAACCUCUUGUAAAUAGCCUGAUAAAAUACCCCUCCCUCUUUUUCCUUUUUCCAUGCAUAAAAACGGUUGAUAUGUUUAUUACGUGCUGCGGAUUCAUGCAUCCUGCGGAUCUACAAACAUGGACCUCUUGUGCUUCCUUGUCAUCAUCCUAUGGUUACGCAAAUGGCUAUUGUGUGGCGCAGCUCUUUUUUAAUGAUUCUAAUAUAAGUAGCAAUGCUUGCAUUGACCAACAAGCGCACGGUU